AUGGGUGUGAUACGCAAGAAGACCGCCUCACGCGGCACCGAGGCAGGCACGAAGUUCCACUGCGAUGUCUGCUCCAUUGACGUUACGUCAACGGUUCGAAUCUCGUGUGCGCAUCCUGCUUGCCCCGAAUAUGACCUCUGUGUCCCCUGCUUCUCAGCUGGAAAGGACUCCAAGAAUCACGACCCCGCCACACAUCCCUUCCAAGUAAUUGAACAGAAUUCCGUCCCUAUCUUCCAGGAGGACUGGGGUGCUGAUGAAGAAUUGUUAUUGCUGGAAGGUGCGGAGAUCUAUGGGCUGGGUUCCUGGGCAGACAUCGCAGACCAUAUCGGCGGCUACCGCAGCAAGGAUGAAGUGCGCGAUCACUACAUCGACACAUACGUGAACAGCGUCAAUUUUCCGCUGGCGGCUCGCGCUGAUCCCGAUGAUCGAGAACUGCAAGACGCGAUAUCCAAAGAGGAGUUCCAAUCACGCAAGAAGCGACGCAUUGAAGAGCGCAAGGAGGCAGCCAAGGCAGCGCCUCCAACAACACCAAAACAGAAGCCCACUGCCAGUGUACCGGCAUGCCAUGAAGUGCAGGGCUACAUGCCCGGGCGACUAGAGUUUGAGACCGAGUUCUUGAAUGAUGCCGAAGAAGCAGUGCAGCAUAUGGCCUUUGAGCCCGGGGCUGGACUCAACGAGAACGGCGAGCCAGAUGCAGAGACUGAGCUCAAGAUGACCGUCGUCGACAUUUACAAUGCCCGCCUCACAGCGCGAACAGAGCGCAAGAAGAUCCUCUUCGAGCACAAUCUCCUCGACUACCGAAAGAAUACCGCCAUAGACAAGAAGCGAUCGAAGGAAGAGCGCGAGUUGUUGAACAAAGCAAAGCCAUUGGCACGGAUGAUGAACUGCAAAGACUUCGAAGAACUCAACAAGGGACUGGAGUACGAGCACAACCUCCGUCUAGCCAUCUCACAACUUCAAGAGUGGCGUCAGAUGGGCAUCGGCGACUUGAAGGCAGGUGAGAAAUACGAGCAAGAUAAGCAACUACGCAUGCAACGAAUGCUACCUCAAGGUUCAUUCGAUCGCUUCGCCAGCAGCCGUCCCAAACAGGCUCAGCUGUCCGAGACCCCGGCGGCGGCAAUUCAGCUGACAACACCCGAACUGCCAUUACGCCUGCAAAAGGCCGCCAACCCACACGCAGCGGAUGAUGCCGAAGAAACAUUCAACGACUUCGAUCGUGCCUUCGCUGUGGACGGAGACGCGCCUCCCCCGCAGCCCGCAAAGACGAAAUAUGUGGUGCCACCGCUGAGCGGGAUGGCGCCGUGGAAGCUGAAUAAUGAAACCGCUGCUGACUUGCAUCUUCUGAUGAAGGAAGAGGUAGAGAUAUGCAACGUUUUGCGUCUGAUGCCGAAGCCUUACCUGGUUGUGAAAGAGACACUGUUGAAGGAAGCAAUGAAGCAGGGCGGCAGCCUGAAGAAGAAAGAUGCACGAACAAUUUGCAAGAUCGAGGGCACCAAAAUCAGCCGCAUCUACGAUUUCAUGGUCCACAGCGGCUGGAUCAACAAGGCAUAG